AUGAAUCCAUUUCCCAGCACGCCAACGCCACGGCGAUUUCUACUUCCCAAGCGGUCAACUCAGUCGUCGUCGCAGACACCGGGUGCUCCCCCUCAAUUUCAUUCCACGCCUCGGUUUGGCUCCUCUUCAGCACCCAGGCCUACACAGGGUAGGGAGCUCGAGAUAGAAGAGGAUGAAGAUGUAAUAUCUGAGUCCAGUCUGUCUGGUGAUGACGGAGAAGCCACCGUAGGAGCCACGCAACGCGGCUCUCGCCGCCAUGGGCUUGAUAUCGAGUCGGAGGCUGGCUCACCGUCCCAGGAAAGUCCAUCGUCAGACGUCGGCGAAAAUCCAAAGGCUCAUUCAUGGCUUGAUAUUCAGUCGCAAAGCACAAGUGAAGCCUCGCAGGGGUUUGAGGAGGGAAGAGAAGCAAAAAGACGAAAGAUGUCGAUUUCACCCACACCCAUGCUUGGGUUGCCGAAUAUCCAAAAGACGGGUGGACCGGCACAUGGAGAGGAUAUUGACUAUGGGGCCUACGAUAUGGCUAUUGCCGAUUCCGAAGAUGAGAGUUCGGUAAUGAGCACAGACAAUAGUGAGGAAUCGCCUAUAGUCGCGUCGGACACCAAGGCUCUGCAGCAGCCUGUAUUUCAGCAGGCGCCACGGUUCAAGCCCUUAAUCGAUGAUGAUCAUCACGGUGGCCUCCCAGCAGCUUUCUCGCCGCAGCGAAGAGGGGCGAAAUACAUCACGGGGGGGAUGGCAGCCCAGCUUCAGGGGUGGCUUUCGGAAGUCAAGAGCUGGGAAGAGAACGGCGAGAAAACCACUUUGGGGGUGAAGAUUGGCGUGGAGCAGAUCAGAUCGGGGAGGCGAAUGUAUCUUGUAGAAGGCCGUGCAUCUUCAAGAGAUGUGCCGCAGAAAUGGAUAUUGGCUGGAGAAGGAAAAUUGACUGGCUUAGGCAAGAGAGCGGAAGUGGAUGUGGGAAGCGUAGUGAUGAUUGAACAGCCUACGUGGGAGGUUGAGCUGGAGGGAAGUAUUUGGAAUGUGGCGUGUGAAUGGAGCAUAGCUUUGGAUUGA